AUGACAACGUCAAAAUCUAAGUGUUCAGGAGACGAUGAGGAUUCAGGAGUUUUUGAAUUGAUGCAGAAUCAAGAUUCACCUGAAAUAUCUGGCCUCCCAUCCACGUACCAAGUGACUGAGUCAGCUACUUUAAGACUGGACUGUAGUUCACACACAACACAGGGCAACCCACAAGCAACAACCUACACUUGGUCACAUGGAGGGUCAUCUGUCAGUAGAGGACAUGUACUGACAAGAAGCAGCAUCAGUAGGAGUCAGGGAGGGGCGUACACCUGUACUGCCAGAAACACAGUGGGAUCAGACUCCGCCUCCGUCAACGUAGACGUACGAUACUCUCCUGAAAUAUCUGGCCUCCCAUCAACGUACCAAGUGAAUGAGUCAGCUACUUUGAGACUGGACUGUAGUUCAUAUACAACACAGGGCAACCCAAAAGCAACAACCUACACUUGGUCACAUAGAGGGUCAUUUGUCGGUAGAGGAGCUGUACUGACAAGAAGCAGCAUCAGUAGGAGUCAGGGAGGGGAGUACACCUGUACUGUCAGAAACACUGCUGGAUCAGACUCUGCCUCAGUCAUUGUGGAUGUCCAGUGCAACCCGGCAACAACUAACUACACAUGGAGCUAUGGACAAUCAGUGUUCAGUACUGAGGAAGUACUUCAAAUAGACGACGUUAACAGAACUGAAGGAGGACAGUACACUUGCACUGUCAGCAACCUUGUUGGGUCGGAGUCUGCUUCUGUCAGCGUUGACGUACAAUACGCUCCACUGACAUCUGGGUUUCCUUCGACGUACCGAGUAACUGAGUCAUCUAGUCUCAGGAUAGACUGUAGCAAUUACACCACAGCAGGGAAUCCUCCCAGUACAAGCUACAUGUGGACCUAUGGCGGUUCUACUGUCAGUACAGGGGCGGUUCUUGCCAGAAGGAACAUCAGCCCUGACCAGGGAGGACAGUACACCUGCAUUGCCAGCAACACUUUGACACCAUACGUAGGGACUCCACGACAAGGCAUUGCAACAGCACAAAUCAAUGUGGAUGUUCAUCAAACUCUGAAAACAUCAGUGUUCCUCUCACAAGCCUAA